UCAAUUUCAAGAUUUAUUUUUAUACAAAUAAAUCAUCCCUUAGCUAUAGGACUAAUGCUAUUAAUUCAAACUUUGCAAAUUUGUAUAAUAACAGGAUUAAUAGCUAAAAGAUUCUGAUUUUCUUAUAUUUUAUUUUUAAUUUUUCUUGUGGGAAUAUUGGUUUUAUUUAUUUAUGUUACAUCCCUAGCUUCAAAUGAAAUAUUCUCAUUUUCAAUAAAAUUAACAACUAUUUGUAUAAUAAUUUUUAUUUUAUUUAUAAUUUUAAGAUUAAUAUUAGAUAAAUCAUUACUUUUAAUCUUUCUAGAAAAUAAUGAAAUAACAAGUAUAAAUAAUAUUAACUUAUUUAUAGAAGAAAAUUCAUUAAAUCUUAAUGAAUUAUAUAAUUAUCCAACAAAUUUAAUUACAGUUUUAUUAAUAAAUUAUUUAUUAAUUACAUUAAUUGCAGUAGUAAAAAUUACAAAAUUAUUCUAUGGACCUUUACGAUUAAUAAACUAAUGAAUAAACCUUUACGAACCCAACAUCCUUUAUUUAAAAUUGCUAAUAAUGCAUUAGUAGAUUUACCUGCCUGCACCUACUAAUAUUUCAGCUUGAUGAAAUUUUGGUUCACUUCUUGGAUUAUGUUUAAUAAUUCAAAUUUUAACGGGAUUAUUUUUCGCUAUACAUUAUACAGCAGAUAUUAAUUUAGCAUUUAACAGUGUUAAUCACAUCUGUCGAGAUGUAAAUUACGGUUGAUUAUUACGAACUUUACAUGCCAACGGUGCAUCCUUUUUCUUUAUUUGUAUUUAUUUACAUGUAGGACGAGGUAUCUACUAAGGAUCGUAUUUAUUUACUGCAACAUGAUAAGUAGGAGUACUAAUUUUAUUCUUAGUUAUAGCAACAGCUUUCAUAGGAUAUGUAUUACCAUGAGGACAAAUAUCUUUUUGAGGAGCAACAGUUAUUACAAAUUUAUUAUCAGCAAUUCCUUA